AUGGAGAGGAAGAACUGCUCCAUGGUGACUGAGUUCAUCCUCCUGGGAAUCCCACACACAAAGGGCCUGGAGACUGUGCUUUUUGUCUUAUUCCUGCCCUUUUAUGUCUGCACCCUGCUGGGAAAUGUGUCUAUUCUGGUGGCUGUUAUUUCUUCCAACGGUCUUCACACACCCAUGUAUUUCUUCCUGGGGAACUUGUCUGUAUUUGACAUGGGUUUCUCCUCUGUGACAUGCCCUAAAAUGCUACUGUACCUUAUGGGACUCAGCCGACUCAUCUCCUACAAAGACUGCAUCUCCCAGCUCUUUUUCUUUCAUUUCCUUGGGAGCAUUGAAUGUUUCCUGUAUACUGUGAUGGCCUAUGACCGCUUUACUGCCAUAUGUUACCCACUGCGGUACUCAGUUAUCAUGAACUCUAGAAUCUGUGUGGCCCUGGCUGUGGGCACAUGGCUGUUGGGUUGCCUCCAUUCCAGUAUCUUGACAUCCCUCACCUUCGUCUUACCAUACUGUGGUCCCAAUGAAGUAGACCACUUCUUUUGUGAUAUACCUGCAAUCUUACCCUUGGCCUCUGCUGAUACAUCCUUAGCACAGAGAGUGAGCUUCACUAAUGUUGGUCUAGUAUCCCUUGUCUGCUUUCUCCUGAUUCUUGUGUCUUACACACGAAUCACAGUCUCCAUCUUGAAUAUCAGCACCACAGAAGGACGUCAGCGAGCCUUCUCCACGUGUAGUGCCCACCUCAUUGCUAUCCUCUGUGCCUAUGGACCCAUCAUCACCAUCUAUCUGCAGCCAACGCCCAACCCCAUGCUGGGAACUGUGGUGCAAAUACUAAUGAAUUUGGUAGGACCAAUGCUGAACCCUUUGAUCUACACUUUGAGGAAUAAGGAAGUAAAGUCAGCUUUGAGGAAAAUACUUCAUGGGAAGGGACCUAAUUCCGAGGGUUAGAAA